GGCUUGAGCACAUACGUAACGUCGACGAGUUUCAAGUUGAUUCUCGACGAAAUUUGUGUCAACAAAUUCGCAGCACCAAGAACGACGGCGGGAAGGCAGUAUUGCGAAGUUAUAUACAGCUUCGCGUCCUACGCUCACACCGCGACCUCCCAUAACUUAGGAUGGCCUCUUUAAUUGCCAUCCUCGAUCUCAAAGGCAAACCUCUCAUCCAAAGAUCAUACCGAGACGAUGUUCCUCCGACCUACAUUGAAAAAUUUCUGCCCAUCGUUCUUGACAUCGAGGAGGAAGGUCACCAAGUGACCCCGUGUUUCUCGAGAGAAGGUGUGAAUUUCAUGCAUAUAAGACAUUCAAACUUGUACUUACUAGCCCUUUCAAGAAGGAACUCGAAUGCGGCGGAGACUAUCAUCUUUUUACAUCGUCUAAGUCAAGUGCUGGUGGAAUACUUCAAAGAGUUGGAAGAAGAAUCGAUUCGAGACAACUUCGUAAUCAUUUAUGAACUAAUGGACGAGAUGAUGGACUUUGGAUACCCUCAAACGACUGAGAGUAAGAUUCUACAAGAAUACAUCACACAAGAAUCACAUAAACUCGAAGUUCAGGUUCGACCGCCAAUGGCAGUCACAAAUGCAGUUUCGUGGAGAACAGAAGGUAUACGGUACCGGAAGAACGAGGUGUUUUUGGAUGUUAUUGAGAGUGUGAAUAUGCUUGUCAACGCUUCGGGAUCAGUCAUACGCUCUGAAAUUCUCGGAGCCGUCAAAAUGAAAUGUUACCUAUCUGGAAUGCCUGAACUUCGCCUCGGUUUAAAUGACAAAGUCAUGUUUGAGAGCACAGGAAGAACUGCCCGGGGGAAGUCGAUCGAAAUGGAAGACGUCAAGUUCCAUCAAUGCGUCCGACUCUCUCGGUUUGAGAACGACCGAACUAUCUCGUUCAUUCCGCCCGAUGGCGAGUUCGAGCUAAUGAGCUACCGUCUCUCGCAAGCUGUCAAGCCGCUCAUAUGGGUAGAAGCUGCAGUCGAGUCACAUCGGGGAUCACGAGUUGAAUACAUGGUCAAAGUGAUAGCCCAAUUCAAACGUCGUUCCCAGGCGAACAAUGUAGAAAUCUACGUGCCCGUCCCUGACGACGCCGAUAGUCCCAAAUUUAGGGCAUCGACGGGAUCUGUACAAUAUGCCCCGGAUAAGUCGGCGUUUGUAUGGAAGAUCAAGUCUCUAGGAGGUGGAAGAGAGUUCUUGAUGAGGGCGCAUUUCGGACUGCCGAGCGUGAAAAACGAAUCUGAACCUCAGACACGGGCACCUAUUACAGUCAAGUUCGAAAUUCCUUACUUUACAGUAUCAGGAAUACAGGUCCGAUAUCUCAAAAUUGUGGAGAAGAGCGGAUACCAAGCAUUACCAUGGGUGAGAUAUAUAACGCAGAACGGGGAUGAUUACAGUCUAAGAACUGCGUCUGAAAAAGGGGCAACACCGAUACGAUCGAUGUAGAUCAUCCUUUGCUGGACGAAGAGGUGUAUCACCGGAACUACAGGGAAUUUUUAGGGCGUGUGUUCAUAAGCAGCGUAGAAUGGACGCAGAAGACCAAGUGACAAGUACGUUAAAAGAAGACCCCAGCGAGAUUUACGAAGACUUGAAAAGUGAUAUGUUCUGGUGUAAAGCGGGUGCAAGCAAGACAGUAGGACGGAACAAAAAAAAUUUUUUUGAAGAAGGUUGUUCUAUCUAGGGGAUACGCCAGUCAGGGCUUUCCGUAGUUUUUUCACCCUCCACGUUUCUCUUUCUCAGAGAGAGAUGAGGUGAAUAUUUAGGAAGAACUUGUACAGCUACCAUACUUCCGGUGUUGGUAUAACUCGCUUUAUCAUCGUGCACUCGCGUACUCC